UGCAAACCUGUAUGAGCCUUGGGCGCCAUCUUAGAUCAGCUGAUUGUGGCCUUCUGGUCGAACCACUGAACCUGCUGUAGAUGUGUGGUUUCUUUCAGCUGGGUCGUGUUUGUGGUUGUGGACUGAACCCGGGACCCGUGGUCGUUGGGUCAGAAGCUCGUUUCUGUCAGUCGUCUGUUCUGCCUCUCAUUGGGCGCUCCGGUGUUCGGGGGCUGUUGGGAUGUUGGCGAGGCCGAUGGACCUUGAAGGAAUGCUGGCAGAAGUGUUCAGACCGGCUCCCCGGGCCACCGGCUCCGCCCACCAAAUCGUCGAGCCGCCACGCUCUGCCGCCAUGUCGCAGCUCUGCGAUGUCAGUCGCAGAUGAGACGCCGCACGUCGGCAACUACCGUCUGCUGAAGACCAUCGGCAAGGGCAACUUCGCCAAAGUCAAACUGGCCCGACACACCCUGACAGGCCGGGAGGUCGCCAUCAAGAUCAUCGACAAAACUCAGCUGAACCCCACAAGUCUGCAGAAGCUCUUCAGGGAAGUGAGUGUGAUGAAGAUCCUCAACCACCCGAACAUCGUGAAGCUGUUCGAGGUGAUCGAGACGGAGAAGACUCUGUACCUGGUGAUGGAGUUCGCCAGCGGAGGUGAGGUCUUUGACUACCUGGUGGCUCAUGGACGGAUGAAGGAGAAGGAGGCCAGAGCCAAGUUCCGCCAGAUCGUGUCGGCAGUGGAGUACUGUCACCAGAAGAGGAUCGUACAUCGAGACCUCAAGGCGGAGAACCUCCUGCUGGACGCCGACAUGAACAUCAAAAUCGCCGACUUCGGCUUCAGCAACGAGUUCAAACUCGGCAGCAAACUGGACACGUUCUGCGGCUCGCCGCCGUACGCCGCGCCCGAGCUCUUCCAGGGGAAGAAGUACGACGGGCCGGAGGUGGACGUCUGGAGUCUGGGCGUGAUCCUCUACACUCUGGUCAGCGGCUCGCUGCCCUUCGACGGACAGAACCUGAAGGAGCUGAGGGAGCGUGUUCUCAGAGGAAAGUACCGGAUUCCCUUCUACAUGUCAACAGACUGUGAGAACCUGCUGAAGAAGCUGCUGGUGCUGAACCCUGGGAAACGAGGCAGCCUGCAGCAAAUCAUGAAGGAUCGAUGGAUGAACGUCGGCUACGAGGCCGAGGAGCUGAAACAGUUCCCCGAGCCGGAGCAAGACUUCAACGACCUCGAACGCAUCGAGCUGAUGGGGACGAUGGGCUUCCCUCGAGAGGAAGUGAUGAAGGCGCUGGAAGGCCAGAAGUACAACGAGGUGACGGCGACGUACCUGCUCCUGGGGAGGAAACCUGCCGAGUGCGAAGGCACUGACACGUUGUCCAGCGGUAACCUGGUGCACAGGUCUCGACCCUGCAGCGAGCUCAACGGCUCCGGUCAUUCCCCUGCACACGGCCGCAACACGCCGGCCAAUCAGAAGCAGCGGCGUUUCAGCGACCACGUGGCGCCCUCCAUCCCACCGCCGGUCUCCUACACCAAGCGUUCCCACGCCAACAGCGUAGAGAACGACCGGAAGGACGAGCCCGCCUCACCCAUGGGAGCUCCGGAUCGGAGGAAGUCGGCCACGGCCUCAGGGAACAUGACUCGCAGGAACACGUGUGUUUACGAGAGGACGAGCGCCGAACGCCACUGCGCCGCUACUCCCAACGGGAAGGACGGCAGUCUUCCUGAAGUUCCUGCAGCGUCGCCCUCCCCGUCACCGGGAGCAGCCGUCUCCUCCACGCGGCCCCGUCACGUCAAGUCCAUGUCGGCGUCGGGACACCCCAUGAAGUCCAGCCUGCCUCCCAUUGACGACGACGCAGAGUAUCAGAGCUCCUCCCACCAGCCGCCCUCCUCGCCCUCGACCUUCAGCGUCACCACCAGCAGCAGCAGCACCACCGCCACACCGGACCGGGGCCGCUUCCCCCGGGGCUCCUCCAGUCGCUCCACCUUCCACGGUGCUCAGCUUCGAGAUCGAAGGUCUGCCACCUACAACGGCCCGCCGGCCUCGCCCAGCCUGUCGCAGCACGCCGCCGCGUCAUUAGCUACGCCACGCCGCGGCACCCUCAUCGGAAAGAUCACCUCCAAAUUCGUACGCAGGAGUUUAUCGGGCGACACUAAGGAGGAGGUGCGGGAGUCCAAACCUCGCUCGCUGCGGUUCACCUGGAGCAUGAAGACCACGUCCUCCAUGGAGCCCGGGGACAUGAUGAAGGAGAUCCGCGGGGUCCUCGACGCCAACAACUGUGACUACGAGCAGCGCGAGCGCUACUCGCUGUUCUGCGUGCACGGCGACGCGCGGCAGGACAGCCUGGUCCAGUGGGAGAUGGAGGUGUGCAAACUGCCCCGUCUCUCGCUCAACGGCGUGCGGUUCAAACGGAUCUCCGGCACGUCCAUCGCCUUCAAGAACAUCGCCUCUAAAGUGGCCAACGAGCUCCGGCUGUGAACGACUCCUCGCUGCUUGUCGAUCGAACCCCGCGAGAAGAACAUGUCCGCUCGUCGUCGUCAAAGAACGACGCCGCACCAAGUGACGGCGGCCAUCUUGUGUUCAGCACUAUCCCAGGCAAACUGCUGUCUGGUGCAGAGAACACUCACCUUAUUAUACUCAACACAGUUACUAUUUAAUGUUAGCACUAAAUGUCGAUGCCGGUGAAACCAAAUAUUUAAAAGCGAGCGAUGGCGCAGACGUUCAGCAGGUUGUGUGGUCCGUCCCCUCAGUGUUGCUUCUCCGCACCCGAUUGGCUUAUCGCUGCGUACGAAAUCAGAUGUUCCUCAAUCGUCAUCUGAAGGAGGAUACUUGGUAUCAGGUCAAAGGGAUUAAAGAUGAUUUACUUUAUGAAAAUCUCAGUCGAGACUAGCGUUUUAUCUCCGUGGCUGAAAUAAUGUCCGUCCACACUAACACAUGACCAUCCACGUACACUGGUCAUGUGGUGUAAACAGGAAGCAGAUAACAGAAACUCCUCUGAAGGAGGAACAGCGACGGUGACGACGACGAGGUGGAACUGUUCCUGACAGGAAGUGUUAGCGACGUUGACUUGUAAGAACCAAUCAGGAAGUAGAACGUUGGGCGUUUGCAUCAUCGCUUACAAAGUAAAAACACAGCCCGGAGAUGUGACAUGAAACGUGGAGCAGCAGCGUUUUCCAACACUGUCUGAUUCGAACGCUGGAAAACUCCGGAGUCGCGUGGACGAAGGACAUAACCUUUUUAUAAACUAAAAUGUUUCAGUGUGGGCGGAGCCCAUGGUGCGUUCACAUCAAACACGAAGCAAUUUUUUUCCGCAUAAAGAGAUUUACAUACAACGAUCAAUGCGAAGACACAAAUUGACGAAGAUGCAUAAAUUCACGCCUUCGCUCGCUAGAGUUGAAAUAUUUGAACUUGAGCGACAAAGACAAAUAAACGUUGAUAUACUCCCUACGUCACUGAUAUGAACGGGUUGCGCGUGAAUAAACAAAUGAUCCCGUGGCCAAAGUCGCGAAAAAACUCGCUUUGCGUUUGGUGUGAACGAGUUUUAACAAUAUUGCAGCGACGACUUGUUAUCCUCGUAUUCAUGCCUUGACCUGAUGACCAACUGUGAAAUGGUUCUGCGGUGCAGACUACAGUCGAUGGAACAUUACCUUCGCUGUACCUGCGCAACUCAAACACUCAACGUGAGCAUCAGAGACCGAUGAUGAGAGGUGAACAUACGGAAAAUCUGAUCUGAAGAAAAACGACUCCUGGAGAGUGUUGGUGAGUUUGAAGCACAAAGCAAACUCGUGAGCUGGAGAAAGAAUUGACAGUUGAGUUCCAGAGGCUCCGUCUCCAGCUCCGUCUUCUUCGUAUCUGUGGCCCAGUUUUGUACGAAGCGAAUGCUUGGAGGUGAAGAUGGCGAAUUAAAGAUCUUAUCCUGACAUACGAGACGAGGAAAAAACUAAAGCAGAAGAGAGAGGAAGUCAGAUCGUGUGUUCCCCAGUUGUGCACACCCAAAGUGUUCCCCAGGUCCCACAGAUUGUUGUUGAGUUGUAUGGAACAUGGUCACGAGUCCUCUUGUUCCUCAGCAGCAAUCAGCUUGGAAGAAAAUACUUUUCCCACUUUGGGAUCUGUUGAAUACGACUUUUGUCUUUUUGAGGGAACUCGUCACAGAGGUUUUCUGUUCCCUGCAGCACUCCAACCAGGCCAUCCAUACCAACCAGCCCAUCCAUACCAACUCCAACAUCCAUAACAACUCCAACAUCCAUACCAACUCCAACAUCCAUACCAACCAGGCCAUCCAUACCAACUCCAACAUCCAUACCAACCAGGCCAUCCAUACCAACUCCAACAUCCAUACCAACUCCAACAUCCAUACCAACUCCAACAUCCAUACCAACUCCAACAUCCAUACCAUCCAGGCCAUCCAUACCAACUCCAACAUCCAUACCAACUCCAACAUCCAUACCAAACAGGCCAUCCAUACCAACUCAUCCCAUGAUUUGAGGGUUUAGGUUUAUUGUUCUAAUUUUUAAAAAACAUGGAUAAUGUUUGUGAAAUUAGUCCAAUUUGAUCUUAACUCAAGAGGAGGGCUCAUGCGUGUGAACAGAAUAUCAAACCGGGGGAUGUAGGACCUUGGGAACAGACUAGAUUCAGACACGUGGGACUUGUGCAUGAUCUAGCGAGCUACAGCUAACGUCCACUCGUCGUACAUUAGCCUUUUCUUGUGUUGGAUGACUGCGAGCGAACAAUCAGGGCGUUCAGUUAGCGUGUUAGCUCAUCAGCACAGGGAAGAGAUCAGUUCAAAGAGUGUAAGUGAGCGUUUUCUCCAGCUUAUCUUAACGUAGCAUAGAGUAGCGUUUGCAGACUGAUGUUUUGCACAGCAGCUUUAGUUCUGACGCUGACAAGUUGCACAUUCUGCAGCGGAGGUAAUGAGCCAAGACGUGACCUUUAACCUCCUCCCUGUCCGUUGCAUCACUGAGGAAGAUGUCUUGUCUGUGACCUCUGACCUCCUGAAGCAGCACGCCCCCUGCUGACCAACGUUAAUACUGUUGCAAUAAUAUCCGCGUGUCGGUAAUGAAACCCGACGCUCUGGGACUUUUUCCUUCAAAGAUCUUCGUCCUCGUUCACAGCUGACGGAACAGAAUGAUGUUUUGAUUAGUUUUUUUCUGUCACGCUGUAAUUUUUUUUAUUGAUGUAUAAAUGUUUCCUGUCCGGGUGAACCUUCGAUCAGUCUUUGGUUUUUGUACAGUUCUGUUUUUAUUUGUUCUGCUGUCGGAAUUCUUCAUUUGUUUUCAACCACUGAAAAUGUUUUUUAUUCAUUUCACCACGGAGUCCUGGAGGGACAAUGGAGCGGGACAGCGGAAUCAAGAAAAGAGAUGUAGCACAAGGAAACACUCACUGACCCGGUCAGAUUCAUUUGCAACCGACUGCGUCAGUUACAUUAGAGCUUCUGCGAGAUCUCACCAAGGUUUUGAGGGACGUCCCUUCCAGGCCUCCAUACUUAAUAGUGUCGUAAGAGUUUCUGUUCUGGUGUUGUUGAACUGAGCGUCAACCAGAACUGUGUGCACUUCAAGUUCAAACUGAAAGGAUCAGUCCGGUGCUAUUCUUUAUUUUUCUAUCAACAAAUCUCUGGUGCAGACGAGUCGAACCGACCACGCGCGAGUUGAGACUGUCGGUACCGUCUGACUUCAAGCUCCAAGCUUAUUGGUUCCUAACCUGAAGAUGUGAAUCAUUAUAAAGACCUCGCAGAUAUACAGUAUGUGGUUUUAUUCUUAUUUAACAGCUGGUGGCCGCAGCUUCAUUUCAAACUAACAGGAGCAUUUACAACAUUUCUAGAGUUGAGGCGAGAAAUCGACGGACCGAAGAUGAAAGUCAAAUAAUGUAAAGGUGCAAUAUUACGGGAGCGCUUUGCUGCCAAGUUAUAACAAUAAGGUCUCACUUUAUUUCGUGAAACUUUCACAUUAUUUCCUGAAAGCCUUCAAGUUGUUUCGUGAAACUUUAACUUUAACUAAUCACGUACGUCUGCACCUGGGAUUUGUUGAGGAAAAGUGCAGAAUAUAACCAAACCCGUUUCCUGCUGUUGUCUGGUCGAUCAACUCCAAUCCGAUCUCAUUUCUUCUGAAUGUGCCGCCUUGUGAUUCUCAUGCGUUCAGUUCUGUCAGAGGAAAAGGGCAGUUUGUGUUUUUGACUUGUUCCUCUGGAUGUAUGUCAACGGAGCCACUGACCAUCUGUAGCUGACUCCAGCGUCGAGGUCCCGAGGGUUCACUGUGCAAUGUCUCGUCCGUCGUUACUGACACUUGAGGAAACAAAAAGGAUCCAGAUCCACUGUCCUGGGUCUGAAUCUGAUGCUGCCUUCACGUCGCGGAGAAGACGUACGUAAAUCUGAGCCUCCUACUUGAAAAACUUCACCUCGGUUUUCAGAAAGUAACGCGGACGCGGCGACCGCCUCCGAUUCGUCAAGCUCGUCGUCACCAACAAGGAAAGUAGCGUAGAGUCCAGUGUAGCACUAAAAGAUUCAUUUUAAAUAAAAACCACCAAAUUAAAACAA